CCUGAAUCUCCAGAGAAGGAGGUUGAACUGCCUGUAACAGAGGAAAUACGUGAAUCUGCAGAGAAGGAGGUUGAACUGCCUGUAACAGAGGAAAGACCUGAAUCACCAGUGAAGGAGGUUGAACUGCCAGUAACAGAGGAAAUACGUGAAUCUGCAGAGAAGGAGGUUGAACUGCCUGUAACAGACGAAAGACCUGAAUCACCAGUGAAGGAGGUUGAACUGCCUGUAACAGAGGAAAUACCUGAAUCUCCAGAGAAGGAAGUCGCACUGCCUGUAACAGAGGAAAUACCUGAAUCACCAGAGAAGGAGGUUGAACUGCCUGUAACAGAGGAAAUACUUGAAUCUGUAGAGAAGGAUGUUGAACUGCCUAUAACAGAGGAAAGAACUGAAUCUCCCGAGAAGGAAGUUGAACUGCCUGUAACAGAAGAAAGACCUGAAUCACCAGAGAAGGAGGUUGAACUGCCUGUAACAGAGGAAAGAACUGAAUCUCCAGAGAAGGAGGUUGAACUGCCUGUAAUAGAAGAAAUACCUGAAUCUCCAGAGAAAGAGGUUGAACUGCCUGUAACAGAGGAAAGACCUGAAUCACCAGUAGAAGGAGGUUGAACUGCCUGUAACAGAAGAAAUAUCUGAAUCUGUAGAGAAGGAUGUUGAAUUGCCUAUAACAGUGGAAAGAACUGAAUCCCCCGAGAAGGAGGUUGAACUGC